AACUAUUUCUCGUAUAGUGCAAUCUAUGCCUCUCGCGGCAUCAUUUAUUUCGAAUUCUGAUCCAAAUCAUUGGGCCAAUGCCUAUUUUUCUGGAGAAAGAUGGGGAAUCGUGAACAAUAAUCAGGCAGAAAAUUGGAAUGGUUGGGUUAAAGAUGCCCGAUCUUUGCCUGUUCCAUCCAUGAUUGAUCACAUACGGAUCAAAAUAAUGGAGAUGCUAGUUAAACGACAAGGAAAAAGUUUGGCAAUGACUGGCAUAUUGUGCAAGAAAAUUCUAAAGAGAUUAACAAUCAAUCAUAUGGCCUCUCGUUCCUUAAAAUAUUGUAGAUCAAGUAGUACCGCUUUUGAGGUAUAUGAUGAGGACAAGUCGUAUAAGGUUGACUUGCAGUACAAGACUUGUUCUUGUAAAGCAUGGCAAUUAGAAAAACUUCCAUGCAAACAUGCAUGUGCAUGUUUGGAGUCAAAAGGAUACUCAGUAUAUGAGUUUGUUGAUCCAUGCUUUCAUAUUGAUACGUACAAACAGGUAUAUCAAUUCACGAUUAACCCAAUUCCCUCGUUUGAUGAGGACUUUGACUUGUACGAUGCGUGUAAUGCUCCGCCCGAUGUCUUUGUUAAUGCACCUGAUUCGAGAACUCGACCGGGACGUAGAAAGACAAAAAGAAUUCCUUCAGAAGUGCAAACUCGUAAACUGAAGUGUACUCGUUGUGGGAAGCCUGGACACAAUCGUCGUACUUGCACACAACCAAUCUGACUAGCAAUUUUUUUUUAAUGUAAAUUUUGUCUGCAUUUGUGUUACUUAAACUAACUAGGUUUGUUUCUAAUGUAAAUUUUAUGUUUUUCAUCAGGGAGGACAAGAUGGAGGAGAGCUUACAUGAUUGCCCAUUAUGUUAUUCAAGUGAUUGAAGUGAAUGAAAACUGGCUGUUUGUACUUUAUUAUUAUGUGAUUUGUACUAUGUUGAUUUGAACUUUGUACUAUGUUUCAAUUUGCACUAUGUUUUUGCUAUUUGUAGUUUGUACUAUGUAUUAGGUACUCUGUUCAUUGAUGGUUUAUCAUUUUCAGUCUAA